AUGGGGCCAAACGAGUUCAUUUUUCUGCCACCAGUCAAUACUGUUCUCAGAUUGAUUCCAAGAAGAGAGCGUGAACCUGGAUCUAAGUCUGUGAGACUGUUUGCUCUGCUGUUGUUCUUCCCUCGGGUUUGGGACUUACUGGCAGUGCUCUUCGUCACCGGCUCGCGACAAGUGGCGCCUGAACAGAGGGACCUGAGUAAGAGGGACAUCGAGGAGAGCGCCCUGCGAUCCAGGCGACUGAUCCCCGCGGUCCUGCUGCCCCUGAAAAUGCACUGCAGGGACUGCGCCCUGGUGACCAGCUCAGGACACCUGCUGCGCAGUCAGCAAGGCCCGCAGAUUGACCAGACCGAGUGUGUCAUCCGGAUGAACGACGCCCCCACUCGCGGCUAUGGGCACGACGUGGGCAACCGCACCAGCCUGAGGGUCAUCGCCCACUCCAGCAUCCAGCGCAUCCUCCGCAACCGCCACGACCUGCUCAACGUGAGCCAGGGCACUGUGUUCAUCUUCUGGGGCCCCAGCAGCUACAUGCGGCGGGACGGCAAGGGCCAGGUGUACAACAACCUGCAGCUCCUGAGCCAGGUGCUGCCGCGGCUGAAGGCCUUCAUGAUCACGCGCCACAAGAUGCUGCACUUCGACGAGCUGUUCAAGCAGGAGACCGGCAAAGACAGAAAGAUCUCCAACACCUGGCUCAGCACUGGCUGGUUCACAAUGACAAUUGCCCUGGAGCUGUGUGACAGGAUCAAUGUGUAUGGCAUGGUGCCCCCGGACUUCUGCAGGGAUCCGAAUCACCUUUCAGUACCUUAUCAUUACUAUGAACCUUUCGGACCUGAUGAAUGUACAAUGUACCUCUCCCACGAGCGGGGACGGAAGGGCAGCCAUCACCGGUUCAUCACAGAGAAGCGAGUAUUUAAGAACUGGGCACGGACCUUCAAUAUUCAUUUUUUUCAACCAGACUGGAAACCAGAAUCACCUGCUGUAAAUCAUCCGGAGAAUAAACCUGUGUUCUAAGGAAUGAGUAUGCAAGAUCCUAACCCCAGACCACAAUCCCGGGUACCCAUAGUAUGGGACUCUGGGCGCCACCAGACAAGAACUGAAAACGAUCGGUGGCAGACAGCCGCGUCGCUCCUUCGGGACCAUGGACAGCUGCCCGCCACCGUGACCACAGCGCACUGCAGCUGGCUUGAGACAUCAAAUUCCAGAGUAAAAGAGUCCUGAUGAGUGUUGUCCCUUUGAAAGGAGUCACAUUAGGGACUGAAUGCUCCUUUCAGUGAUGCUGCCCUAGCUAAAAACAGUUUGGAUCUCUUUAAGUGUUGCCUUUGAAACCGGAAAGAGCAACUCCACAACGCUGGUUGCAUUUCUUUAUAGAAACACCGUGUCAAAAGACAUUUUUCUAUCAAGCUGUAUUCUAACCCGAUCUAUAAACUUUGUCAUUUGUCAGACUGUUUGUGUGAUUUGUAAAAAAGCAGCCUGAAAGUAUGGACAUGGUUUUUGAAGAGCACAUCUCCACUGACUGACUUUCAUAGGGCAAACGUUCGAUAUUUAUUUAUUGAGAGUUUUUUAGUGUGCUGUAGGCCAGUAUUUUUAUAGAGUAUGGUUAUGUGGUAAUUUAUUCUUCCUAACUCUAAUCCUCAAUGAUGGUUAGAAAUGGCCUAGAGUUGGGUUGAUGAGUCACUGUGUUUGCAGUGCUCACUGUCAGCAUGCCAUUGGUAUUUGACCUGAAAAUGUUGUGUAACAUGUGUUUUGGACCUCUAGGCUUCAAGAAAAUUGCUAUUUCAUAGUGAGAACAGCUAUAACAUUUUCUAAUGGACAGACAUGCUCCAAAAGGACAAAAUUGAAAACCAAAAACUGUGUUAUUAAAACAAAAAGAUGCUAGCAAGAAACCUUAAAGAUAGUUUCCUUUAGUAACAAUGGCUAUGAGUAACUUCUCUUAAGCCCUAGUUUCCUCUUCUUUAGAACAAUGUCACUGUGCUGAAAGAUCUCCUAGGUUUUUGUUCCUAAGACUCCAUAGGGUCCACGUAGACUUGUUGUGAGACUGUUUAUAUUUCAAAUGAUAGGAUUCCAACUUUGCCAAGACCCGUAUUCUGCAAGCAUUUUAUAUUCCAGUUGUGUAACUACUUAUCUCUCUCUGGGGUUAAAGCACUUCCUCCUGGAUAGAUCCCCAUUGGCUAAAUCUGUCCCCUGCUUCUCAAGAAACAACACACACACACACACACACACACACACACACACACUUCUGAAGUGUUCCCUGACUACAAGUGCAAGGAGCUGACCUUCUAGGAGGAGGAAAGAACAGAAAAAGAUUCCCUAUCAUACAAUUCAUUAUCUUAUUUACUACUCAGACUCACUGCAAAUCUUAAAUUAUAAUCACCACUAUUCCUUGGUCUGAAAGAAUAUGGAGGACUCAAUUUAUACAAACCAAGACCAAUUAAUAUGAUAGAUUUUCAUUUAAAUUAGUAGUACUGUUCAAAAACAGUCUUUUAAGAAUAUACUUGUGUUUUUUGUUUUUGUUUUUUACACACUGCUUUGGAGGCAUUAGUUCUGUAAUGCAAAACUUGAAGAUGCCAGCAAAUACUAUAUAUGGAGACUGUCAUGACUCAAUUUGUGACUUAAGGCCUCUCCCUUACCUGUUCUUUUCUCUCUCCUUAGUAAUAAGAUUCCAUUUCCUUUCAUUAACUAGUACUACUAAUUAUAUGGGCUAUUGUUGUCCAAAUGCAAACACAGUCCAAGUAUUCAUAUGACAAAAACAAAGUUGGUAUUAUUAUGGUGUGGCUUGAUCUGUUAAAGGCAGUAAAACGCUGAAGUAACUAUCCAGAACAUAAUGGAAUUCAUUUUUAAAAUUUCGUCAUUGCUUUUAAAAGGAGAAUGAGUUUUACUCCAACACUGUCUCUUUGCAGCAUGGACUUUGAACACACAAUGUUUCUAUGAACAUAAAAAGCAUAUGGAUUUUAUGCAAAUUAUUUAUAGGCCACAUUUACAAUCACUUUGAGGGGAUUAUUUUGCUCAGAUGUUGACUCUCUGACAAGUUAUAUUUUUAUGGCAAUUUGGAAAGGCGUGGUUACAAAGAUGUAGCAUUAUCUUACCUAGUGGUAUAUCUUUAAGUUUUGCUUUAAAAAAAUUAUUAGGACAGCUCCAUCUUUUUGUAACCACUUCCUUUGAAAUACUUAGAAGAGUGGAAAGAGCGAAAGUCUUGGCCUCACUGGGAAAUGUAGCUAGAAUUUGAGUUCAUAUUUUUUUCAAUGCUAUAAAUAUGUGUAAGAAAUUACCACUUGGGUAGUGCUUGUAUUGCAGCAUGAAAGCAAAUGCCUAGACUCCUGAUGGAUUAUGCUGAUGGACCUGGUUGUGGGCAAUUGAACUUUUGUCUUGCCACUAUCAUUUCAUGACUGUCAGACUUAACACCAUUCGAUACCAUUACAUAUAAACACAGAUAUAAAAGACGACUACCAAACCAUGUUUACAGACCUCAGUGAUUUCAAUACAUUUGAAGCCGAAGUCAGACUCAUUCCAUACCACACCUUUUCCUUCUCUCCCCAGCUGUGUCAUCAGCUUCCUCCCAGCUUUUAAGACCACAGUAAUACAAUGCCACCGCUGGCCGACCCAUGGCUUCUGUUAUUUCAAUACAAGAACAUUUGGCAGGGGCCAUUACAAUAGAUAGCCAUUAUGGGCAAAGAUACAGGAAUUCACAAACAAAAUCAAUCACUUCAAAUGGCCCAUAAAAGAGGAAUCUCACAUUUAAUAUUCCACAGUAAAUAUUCACCCAAGAAAGCGUACAUUAAAAGAACAUUAGGAGGUAAAUAUUCAGUGCACUGCGUGGGGACUUACUGUGUGAUUUCCAUUACCGUUAAUGGGUGUUUGGCAACUAAGUCCCUGUGCUUCGCUAACCCUGGAAUGCACUCCUGAGGGCUUGAUGUAAAACCAAAACAAUUCAGGACCUCCAAGGUCCUAGGCUUUUAGAGUUCAGUGUUUUCUUUUAACAACUUAACACAAACUACUAUACGUAAAAGAGAAAUCUGUGCAGCCUGUUGGAAUCCUUAGGUUAAUACUGGAUUCCAGAGGACACCUCUCAGCAGAUUACCUUUCUUUUCCAAAAGUUUUGUCCUUUACCGAUCUCUCUGAAUUGAAUUAUAAUGGAGGGGAAUUUUCUUGUUUUUGAAAUAACACUCCCUUCAAAAAAACUAAAGGUAUGAUUUAGAAGCUAAAUGAAUGUUAAGCAAAAGUGAAAGGAGAAAGUUGGAAUUCUGUUAGGUUUCGGACAACGCUAUUUAAAUGCAUGUGUAUCUAUCUAGUACCUGCCCAGAUAUUCACCCUUGUGUAAGAAUGAACUUAUUUCAGAAAACGCCCUUCAGCCCACCAGGGUGAUGGUUUAAAUUGUUGCAUCAACCCUACUCCAGGAGAAGAUCUGAGGUCCUAUUCGGUCUCUGCAUGGCUCAUACCUGACCCAGUCAUUUCUCCCAUCUGCACAGUUUCCCUCUUGAGCCUCAUUCUGUCUCUUUGAUAUCAAUCUCUCCUGACUUUAUUUUUCUGUCUUCCGUGUGCUCUCAAACCAGCAGCCUUUGGGGCUGUUAAGAGUCUUCCUUGCGUGUUUUAAAACUAGAGACUUACCUGGGGACAGGUUAGGGCAAAGCCUGCCGGAGCAAUGGCCGGAGUGGGUGGGAAGAGUCCAUUGUGGCCACAGGAAAAGGUCCUUCCCAAGUGCCCUCCUGCUGGGGCCAAGGAGAAGGGAAGAGAAAGGAGUCCCACAGCGCAGACUUGCCUUGCUAAAACCAGGGCAGCCCUGGGGAAACCAGGAUGUGGACCACCCUGUUAGGGGCCUGUGGUCAGAAUCUGGCUGGGAGGCUAGGAGAAGUGGACCCAUUGCAGGGUUUUAGCACAGACCUGGAGAUACUUGGGAAUGGAAAGAGGUGAGAGAGUGCUAGGGUGGAAACCAAACAGGUAACCCCCGCUCUAUUCCAGCUCACUCGCCCCCACCUACUCAGGGUAUUGAAAAGCAAAUGCAAAAAAGGCUGAAAUCCUGUUUGUUUCUACUCAGUGCCCUAAUAUUAUAUGCUACCUGGCAUUGUCCUUUGUCUUCUUAUAUAUGUGUCCUGUUAGACUAAUUAGAUUGUAAGCCCCGUGAGGGCAAGGAUUGUUUCUCCUUUGACUUUGUAGCCACCCCACCUAGUACAGUGCCUUGCACACAAUAGGCGCUUAAUAAAUGUCUGUUGUUGAUCAUGAUCCUUAACAUUGACCCAUGGGACUGUUGCUCAGGCUCUUCUAUUUCAAGAGUACAAGAGAUGCCAUAGGUUCAGAUAUAGUUAAAUUUGAUGGGGGCUUUAAUAGGGCCAGUUCCUAAACCUGUAACAGUUGUAAUCAACAGAGCUGACCUAGAUUUGAGGAGGAUAAUGUUGCUGAAUUUAUUGGUUUUGCUAAUGCUGGCUGUACUGAACACACAGGCGAAGUAAAGUUCAGCAAGCUUUGUGUUUUCACUCUUAGGGACCGGCUCUUAGUACAAAUUAAAUUUAAUAUUGACAAAUGUUGCACCAUAUGCAGAAAGGCAGCAGAGCAGCUGGGGCUCUGACUUCUGAGGCUGGACUACAAAAGGAAGGCUACACCGAUACAAAGCAUCGCCUGCCUUCGACCUGACAGCUCCCUAAAGCUGCUGGGAAUCUAAGUGGUGGUUAUUGAGGGUCUAUCAAGAAUAAGUGUACAUUUAUCUUAAAAGCAAACGACGAGGAACUGCCAUUUCCAUGGAACAGGCCUUAAGUCAUUUUAUCUUAAUCAGAAAAUGAGGAGAAAGAAUUCUUGGGAAAAGUGGCCUUGGGCAGAGCGUCCCAAGUACCUGCCUCAAGGCCUGGCCGCACCAGGUCCCUGGUCCUCUCCCCUGCAGGACUGAGGCAUCCAGUAUGAGUGGGGAAACUGCCACCAGAUG